AUGGCGGUUGGAAAGAUCGGUGCGUUUGACGUGGCUAAGGACAAUUGGGACACAUAUGUGGAUCGUGUAGAUCAAUAUUUUAUUGCCAAUAAUGUAAAAAGUGAGUUGAAAGUCGCAACUUUAAUUACGGUCAUUGGUAAUAGUGCGUAUGAGUUGAUGGUUAACCUUUGUACCCCGGACAAACCGUCUUCAAAAACUUAUACGGAGCUUGUGGCAGUAAUGAAAGGUCACUUAAACCCCAAGCCGAGUAUGUUGGCUGAAAGGUUUAAAUUUCGGCAACGGAUCCAGAAACCAGGUGAAAAUAUCGCGACAUACUUCUCGGAACUAAAAAGACUAAGCAAGGAUUGUUCUUUUACGGCAGACAGCUUAAAAGAAAACAUGAGAGACCAAUUCGUGUGCGGCUUGGUAAACGAUGACAUACGGCAGAAAUUGUUUACCGAAGACGACAGCAUCACUAUCGACAAAGCGUAUAAGCUGGCCUUGUCAAUGGAGGCGGCAGAGACGAACGCAGCAUUAGUGGAGGAUGGUACGAGGGGCAGGAACGGCAGCAGCACACAAGAAACCGCGACCGUACCCGUGCACAAGUUUCAACAGAGCGGCGGCGGCGACGGGUGGCGCGGGGUGACCGGCGGCGGCAACGAGCGGCGCGGAGCGACCGGCGGCGGCAGCGAGCGGCGCGGGGCGAUCGGCGGCGGCAACCGGCCGGCGAGGCGAAACACGCGCGUGGCGCGUGAGUCAGUGCAAGCUAGCGGCGGCGGUUCGAGUACCACAAGCGGAGCGGGCCAUGACGAGUGCAGAGUUUGCGGGGGCAAACAUAAUUCAAAUACGUGCAAAUUUAAGCUAUACGUAUGUCGAAUUUGCACUCAAGAGGGACAUUUAAAGAGGAUGUGUCCGAAGUUGAUAAAAAAUAAUUCUUUGCAUAAUAUGCAAGAAAACAGACAGAGAAGCGACGGCGACGGCAUCAGUGGCGCUUACUCGGCGGAUAGCGACAGUGACGAGGUAAUAGUACCUAUUAAUCGCUUAUCAAUUGGACAGUGUAAGCCUAUUAUGAUUUCUUUAUGUGUGCAAGGCUAUGACUUAAAAAUGGAAUGUGACACGGGGAGUGCAAUCUCUUGUAUUAAUUACCAGUUAUAUCAAAAAAUGUUUUCAAACUUACAAAUUAAACCCACAAAGUUAGUUUUAAGGUAUUAUACGGGUGAACUAGUGUGCCCGGUGGGUGUUAUUAGGCCAGUUGUAAAAUAUAAUAAUACAAAAAAGAUAUUGGAUUUGUACAUUAUUGAAAAUGGAAAUACAGUUUUAUUAGGUAGACAAUGGAUGGCGGAGUUGAACAUAUUAGUGUCAAAUUUACAGUAUAAUACAGUCAAUAAUAAUAAUUGUGAAACCGGUUUUAACUUCUCGGAAUUUAGUUCCAGAUAUUGUGAAGUAUUUGCGGACGGUCUGGGGCGGUUCACGGGAGGACAAGUGAGCAUUCGUGUGCGUGAGGGAGCGCGGCCGGUGUUCAUGCGUGCGCGGCCGCUGGCGUAUGCGCUGCGGGAGCCGGUGGAGCGCGCGCUCGAACAGCUGGUGCGCGACGACAUCCUCACCCCCGUCGACCACUCAGACUGGGCAACACCGAUCGUGCCCGUUGUGAAGAAAGACGGUACAAUUCGAAUCUGCGCCGAUUUUAAGUUGACUUUGAAUAAGGUUUUGGAGGUCGACCGUUAUCCUUUACCUAAAGUAGAAGAUCUUUUGGCUCGCUUGCAUGGGGGUGAAAGAUUUAGUAAAAUAGAUUUGUCACAAGCGUAUGCUCAGCUGGAACUGGAUCAUACUAGGAAAUACGCGGUAAUUAACACUCAUAAAGGGCUUUUUAUGUAUAAACGUUUAGUAUAUGGGUUGUCGUCGAGCCCAGGGAUUUUUCAACGGUGUUUAGAGCAAUUGUUCGCAGAUAUGCCUCACGUGGGAGUAUUUUUAGACGACAUUAUAAUAACGGGGAGGGACACGUCUCAACACUUAGAUAAUUUACAUAAAGUUUUCGAACGCCUGAAGUCCAGUGGUCUUAAAGUAAAAAAAGAAAAGUGCUCUUUCUUUGUGGAAUCUCUUGAUUAUUUAGGGCAUGUCAUAAGUAAAGAAGGGGUACAUACGUCUAAAGAUAAAGUAGAAGCUAUUGUUAGAACUCCGAUUCCAAGAAACGUAUCAGAGUUAAGGGCUUUCAUUGGGAUGGUCAUGUAUUACGGGAAGUUUAUAAAAAAUGUAAGUUCAAUCCUUACACCACUGUAUAAUUUGUUGCGUGUCGGUGCGAGAUACGAUUGGAGUGAAGCGUGCGAUGCGGCGUUUUCGCGUGUGAAGCGGGCGCUGAGCUCGAGUGAGGUGCUGGUGCACUACUCGCUGGAGCUGCCACUGGUGCUGACGGCGGACGCCAGCGCCGCGGGGAUCGGCGCCGUCAUCUCACACAUCACGCCCGGGGGCGAGCGGCCCAUUGCGUACGCUUCGCGGACACUUAACUCGGCUGAACGUUCGUACGCACAAAUAGACAGGGAAGCAUUAGCCAUUAUAUACGGUAUCAAGAAAUUUCACCAGUAUUUGUACGUGAAGACGAAAUCUAUGGCUCGUAGCUAUGUGUGGUGGCCCAAUAUAGACGCAGACAUAGAAGCGACGUGCCGGGCGUGCGAGACUUGUGCGAUGGAAGCGACCGCACCGCCGCACGCCGCACCUCGCAGUUGGCCAUAUUUAACCCAGCCGUGGAGUAGAUUACAUGUAGAUUUUUUAGGCCCGUAUCAGGGAAAAAUUUUCUUUAUAGUUAUUGAUUCUAGCUCAAAGUGGAUCGAGAUAUUUGAAAUGAAUAAAACCAACGCUACAGCUGUAAUUAAGGUAAUGCGGUCGCUAUUCGCGCGUUUUGGCCUACCAUUAGAGGUAGUAUCAGACCAGGGCCCGCCGUUUACGAGUACAGAGUUAAAGGAGUUUUUAGCUUUAAAUGGUAUUAAACAGUCGUUUUCUCCAGUGUAUCAUCCGGCUUCAAACGGGGCAGCAGAGAAUGCCGUCAAACUAUGCAAGCGAGCAAUAAAGAAAGCCAUCCGUGAUGACGUAGAUAUUGACACAGCAUUACAAACUUAUCUACUAGCUUAUAGAAAUAGUAUUCAAAGCACAACAGGGGAAAGCCCUGCUAUGCUGUUGCAGCGCAGACCGUUGCGGUCGCGUUUAGACCUCUUGCGUGGAGAUCACGCGCGCCGAAACCAGGUGGAGAAGGCACAGCGCCGGCAGAUGACGAGCUCUGGCACUGAGCCGCUCCGAAAACACGCAGCGGGCGAUGCGGUGUGGGCUAGGAACUACGGAAGUCAGGACAAAUGGGUAAAGGGAACAAUUAUAAGCCAAGAAGGUUCGCGUCGGUAUGUAGUAAAUAGUGAUGACGGUCGACUUCUAACGAGACAUAGAGAUCAGAUUAGGCGCAGAAGUCGACGUUCUAGUAUAAUAUACCCAAAUGCAACGCCCGAGGAGGCCAGUGAGGAUGUCGUCGAGCAACAGCCGCCACCGACAGUAGCGACGCCUAGGAAUAGUGAGGGGACGGGUAGUGGUGAAGUAGGAGGUCAGGAACCACCGCUGGUGACUGAUGCAUCUCCAACAAAGGAUUCGCCAACCCGUAACGUGAGCGCGUCACACUCGCCGUUGAUUAAUAAUAAAUCACCGACCGCACCUACCACGAGUCCCAUGAAGCGUCCCACCCGUAUUGGUAAAAAGCCAGUUAGAUAUGGGUUUGAGUUUGAUUAG